GAUGCAUGGAAGCAGUCCAAGUCUGGCUCUCUCCUAGGUACAAUGACGGAUCCAGGUCCCCCAAGAAGAACAUUGCCGGCGCGAGAUCGGGGUGAGUCUCGAGCCAAACGACGAGCUUCGUCCCCGGCUCAGCCUGCUGCCACCUCGACGCCUCGCAAACCUCCAACACCUACACCGUCCGUCGAGCCUCCUCGCCAAAAGCGUAAAUAUACGAAACGCGCCAGUCUAGUUGAAAAACAAGACGCGACGGAAGAGGGCUUCUCAGCUCGAUUUGGGGCUCAAAAGUCUUUGCCAACUUCAAGAGAGAAGCCGCCAACAGUCCUGUCUCCGAAUGAAUAUCAAUCCGUCGCCGAAAGUGCAGUCCUUGCCGCCUCACUUCAUCGUUCCCGCAUGCAGUGGCUAUGUGAGGGUGUUUUCAAGAAGUACUGGGUCAAGCCUGUCAAGAGAAAAGGCGUGAUUGAGGCACCCCCAAACAAUCCCGAUGUUAAGUCUAUGCAGAAGUUGGGCGCUGCGACAAUUACCAUUGAGCCACAUAUAUUCGACGUCUAUUUCUACAUAGUCAGAGAUCCAUCUGCCCCCCAGCCAUACCAGCGUCAUGCCAAUCAGCACACUGGAAAGCAUAUGAUACCUCCAGCACCACCUUAUGGUAUAUACCAAUCACCUGGGCCGCAUACAAUUCCCCGACCUCCUGCGCCGGCACCUCCGCCUUCGCAGCGAUCAACGGGAACUCCUUCGGUCCAAAAUACGGCCUCGCAGACUCAGCCAACGCCUCCAGUUGGUCAUCCCGCAAGAGUUUCCACGCCAACAGGCCCUCCUGUAAACGCAACGCGACAAGAAGGCGUGCAAAGGCAAGAUCAGAACACCCCCAUCCCUCCCAACAAAAUCCCUGUUGCACCUUCAACGAAAGCACCCACUCCGACACCACAACCGCCUCAAAGGCAACCUAACCCACCUCCCGGGCCCAGCGGGCGACAUACCACGACAGACCCUGUCAUUCAGAUGUUAGCCGCAAGGGCAGCCUCGGACCCGAAACUCAAAGAAUUAAUGAAAGUUGUGGCAACAUCCAAGGCCUCCCCAGAGCAGCUCAAAGAGUUCCAGGCUCACAUUGACGAAUUUAACGAGGUGGUGCGGCGACAAGAGUCCGAACGACGGGCCAAAAGUGCAGAGCAAGCAUCAAACAAGACACCAUCGACCCCAGUACCCGUCGGCGGUCCAAGACCUGUUCAGCCCGAAUCCAAACCACCCACACCACAACCAGCAACCAAUUCACGAAUUCCUACUCCUUCUCCUGCGCCGGUGGCCGCUCACCCGUCCACCUAUGGUACACCGCAGCAUCAAGCACGCCCGACGCCGUCGCCUUCUCCGAACACGACACCUGGAAGUGUCCAGACAUUUCCCCAGACUCAGGCUCCGGGUCCAGCGGGAUAUGGGGGUUAUCGACCAAUUCCGCCUCCGCCUCCUCCCCGGACGGAACCAAUCAUUAAACACAUCGUCCUUGAGAUACAAUCAUCUGGUGGUCAGCAAGCCUCGAGCGAUCGCUGGCUCUUCCCCGAGUAUGCGGUGUUGGAAUUACGACAGGGAGGACUGGAAAUGCUGUGCUCAUUUCUCGUCGAACGUCGAGGUUCUGAGAUCCUGGCUAGCACGGGGGAUGAGUGUCAUGCCGAGGGCAGUACAUGGAAGGCUGAUCAGGAAUACUACGAGCCUGUGACCAUGACUGUAAGAGCAACUCACCAUCGCACAAUAGAAACGAUUGCGCGUGCAGCCAAAAUGCUGCCGCAGGUACAAGAACACAUGAAAAAUGUGUUGGAAAAGGCGGAACGCGCGCCCCGGGAGUACCUGGUGCAUCAACUGCCACGCGAGGAUGUGGGAGCGGAUACAACGGAAGGGUUCAUUGACAGCGGCGUGGAACUUGGCAACGAGUCGCCCUCUGAAGACGACGAAUUGAAGGAUGUGUAUGGUAUAUGAGUCGUGGUGGGGUUGGUGAUCGCCGGUGUUGGUUACAGUCGGCAGGAAGAAGUCGGUACGAUGGUACCUGGAGACUCCAUGUACAGUUGCCCGCCUAGAGAGGUAACCAGGCCACGUUGAUGAAGUUAGCCCGCCCCAUUGUGCUCGUAAAGGUUUCGAAAAAGGCACCGAGGAUGAAAUAGUACGAGUAUGAGAAAGGAAGUCAAGCGUCGUGUCUCGGUAGACGAAGUGUUCGAUCCUGG